AAUGGUGGUUUUCUGUGUAGCUUGGCAUGUUAGCAUGCUAACAUUUUGUAUAUAACAGUUACUCUUAGACUAUUCUGUAGUGUAGAAUAGUGGUUUUAUGUGAAGCUUGGCACAUUAGCAUGCUAACAUUCUCUUGCUAACAGUUGGGUCUUAUUCAAAUCAUUCUGUAAUAUGGAAUGGUUGUUUUCAGCGUAGCUUGGCGUGUUAGCAUGCUAGCAUUCUCUUGCUAACAUUUGGUUGUGGUCAGACCAUUCUGUAGUGUAGGAUGGUGGUUUUCUAUGCAGCUUGGUGUGUUAGCAUGCUAGCAUUCUCUUGCUAACAUUUGGUUGUGGUCAGACCAUUCUGUAGUGUAGGAUGGUGGUUUUCUAUGCAGCUUGGUGUGUUAGCAUGCUAACAUUCUCUUGCUAACACCUGGUCUUAUUCAGAUCAUUCUGUGGUGUAGAAUGGUCUGCUGCACCUCAUUAGUAUCCUUCUAUACGGGUAAAAAAAUAAGUUCUGAGCUGUUUGUGUUUCUUUUUAAACUAACUUCAAUGACUUUUAGGCAGAGCUAGCUACCAAUUCAUGUUUCCGUAAGCCGCUAAGCUACCAUUUGUCCAACAGGACAACGACUCGUCACCCUUCAUAUCAAACACAGAAAAACAGGAAUUUUUACAAGAUAUGAAAGUAAAUGCAAUCAUUAAUUCUGAAAUGUAUCUGGAGAUACAAAAUAACUGGUGGUCUGUUGAUGUUUUCUGAGUAGCUUAGCAUUUUAGCAUGCAAAUUUAUUCUAUGCAACAGUUUGUCUUUUUAGUAAUUUGGAAAACUCUUCUUUAAAAAAAAAAGCACAAUUAAUAACUUUAAUCCAGUCUGAUGUGGGUGUGCAGGCAGAGACAUCGCCUCCUGCUGGUCGUCCAUCAGAUAACACGUUUUUACCUGAAAUAACUCAACUCUUAAACUGAUUCUGAUUGGCUGAGUCUGACUUUACCCAAAGCCAUCAUGUGUUCAGAUCCAUGUAGCUCUUUGUGUCGGCUGAAGUUUACGGCUGAACCAGAGCUGGUGAUGAUGACGAGGAUGAUGAUGAUGGAGGAGGAGGAGGAGGAGCUCAUACGUUCACUCUGGUUUCUAAGUAAAGCCUCAGAAAACGAGGGUCGAGCAGAAAGCGAGUCGUUGGAGGAAAAGGUGAGAUUCAGUUUUGUCUGCUUUCAUUCAGUGAAUAAAGACGUUUUAAAGUCAGAGUGUUGAUUCAAACGUCUAAAUGAUGUCGGUAAUUCUGACUUUAAAUGUGCAAAUCUAUAUUUAACCUGAUUUAUUUCUAAUGCAGUCUUCUGGUUCCUCACAUGUUCCCAUUAUGUUGAUGGUUUGUUGUUUAUCAAAAUCAGCACUAAGCUGUCAGAUUUAACUAAAAACCUCCAACAGCAGCACCAACAGAUCAACAUUUGAUAAAUCCAUCCAGCGCUGGGCGGAUGUUUGGUGUUUAACGAUGAUCUGUGACGAUCUGGAGCCUGAGCCUGAAGCUCCCGUUGCUGUGAGCCGCCUCCUCUGCAGUCCUGGAUUGGGUUUCAUUCCUGCAGUUCUGACUGAAUGAACGCUGAUCAAUUAUUUACAGAGAAGCUGAAGGUCGGAGGAGGAACCCCGAGAGAACCUUCGGCCCGAAACAGACGCUUCUGGACCGCGACUCGGACCAAAGGAACCGGACGAGACGAGCUGAAGAGACGUGGACCAGCGCAGUCCGCCAACAACAGAUCAACAGAUAGAUCUAUAGAUCUACAGAUGGAUGAAGGAGCUGUCCGGAGCUGAGAUGACACCAGACGGACCCGAGUGGAGCCACAACUAGCCCCCAAAGGUCCACCAUGAGGCUGACUCCGGCCUCCAGCGUCUCUCCACACACCAGCCACCUCCCCAACGCUUCCUCACCGACAUCUUCGUCCUGCAGCAUUGACGAGUCCUACAAGUACGUCUUCCUGCCCGUCUGCUACUCGCUUACCUUCGUCUUCAGCCUCACGUUGAACUCGGUGGUGCUGCUUCGCUCCUGCCGUCUCCAUGGCGGUGGCGCUGGUGGCGGGCGGCGCUGGAACACGUCUCUGAUCUACAUGGUGAACCUGGCCACCACCGACCUGAUGUACGGCCUGUCGCUGCCCUUCCUGGUGGCCAGCUACGUGCUCAGGGAUCGCUGGGUGUUCGGAGACUUCAUGUGUCGCCUCGUUCGCUUCCUCUUCUACUUCAACCUCUACUGCUCCAUCUUCUUCCUCACCUGCAUUUCCGUGCACAGGUAUCUUGGGAUCUGCCACCCGAUGAGGACCAUCACUCUGGAGAGUAAGCGGGUGGUGAAGGGUACCUGUGCGCUGGUCUGGGUGGUGGUCUUCAUCCUCACCUGCCCCAUCUUCAGGUUCGCCCAGACCGGUUUGGUAAUGCGAGGCGGCGGGGCGGCGGUCGGACCUGGAGGGGCAAAGGACGGCGGGAACUGGACCAGCGAUCAGGACGGGGAGGGCUACAUGAACUGCUGGGACGACGCCAUCGACAAGGAGUUCGCAGACUACGUCCCGUACGGCAUCGUCCUCCACCUGCUGGGCUUCUUCGUGCCCUUUGUCAUCAUCGCCUGGUGCUACUCUCGGGUGGUCCGGACCAUAUUUCAGACACUGCGUUCCCCUCCCAGCUCUGUGGAGGGCGGCGAGGACGGUCCGGUGGGCGACGGGACGGCGGAGGGAGUCCGAGAGCGGGAGCGAACCUCAGUGUCCAUCUCCGGCUCACAGUACUCGCACUACAUCCGGCGGCGGCGGAAAUCCAUCAAGACCAUCGUGACCAUCACGCUGCUGUUCGCGCUCUGCUUCCUGCCCUUCCACGUGACCCGGACCCUCUUCCUGCUGCUGCGACGGGGGCAGCUGGGCGGCUGCAACGCCAUGAAGGCGGUUUCCAUCUGCUACAAGGUCACCAGGCCGCUCGCCUCCUGCAACGCCUGGCUCAACGCCCUCCUCUACUUCCUGACGGGGGACAAAGGCGCCCCCUGCUGCUGGCCGGCAGGACGCAGUGUCCGCCGGGACCGACGUAGCGGCUCCCUCUGGUGGCCGCUGAAGAUCCUGAAGAAGGAGGGCGUCGGCGAUGAUGACCAGGAGGUGGCUGAGAAGGUCGAGAGGGAGGCGCACAUAGAGAACGAGUCCAAGUCUUCACGGGUCAUCUUCUAGAAAGUUCUCUUUGUGAACAACUCAAAACAACCUGAUGCAACAGAUAACAAACAGGGCGCUGUUCCAUACCGCUGACUAUUACUACCAGAAACAUUUCCAACUAAAACUGGUGAAAAAUCUCAUUAAAUUUCCAAAUAAGCAGCAAAAGCAAAUACAUUGACAUAGACCGAUCAGCCACAACAUUAAGACCACCGACAGGUGAAGUGAAUAACAUUGAUCAUAUUGGUUCUAUGUGGUGUUCUACUGGAGGAUCUUUGAUUUUGGUAAUUUUGAUUUUGUUGAGACUGAGAUACCAAACACUCUCCCAGAACAAACACACUGCUUCAUACAAAUGGAAACCCUAAAUAUCACUGGUCUACCCCCACAGGAAAAUGCACCCCACCACAUCGCAAAAACCCCAAACAAUCAGGAACAUCUUGAGGAACAUGACAAUCACCCAAGAUGUUGAUUUGACCUCCAAAUGUCCUAGACCCCAUUCUGAUGAAACAACAGGAAGCAGUGGAACCAGUUUGAUUCCCAGAGAACCCAAAGGAUCCACCGCCAAUUUCCUAGUCCAGACCUCAUAGGACGCCCUAAGAGAUCCUCUGGUCCAGACCCAAAGGUUCAGAGCUUUUUUGUCGACAUAAGGGGACCAACACAAUGUUAGACAGGUGGUCAUAAUGUUCUGCCUGGUCGGUAUUUGUUUCCAUCAUAGACUGUAUAUAAAAAGUGGACAUUGGUGGUUUACUCAAGUCUGGAAUUGGUCACUGCCAUCUUGGUUUUUCUGGAACAACAAAUGAACAGUCCUGUUUGACUGCCAGAAUUUUGUCAGGAGCUGUUUUAAGUUAAGAACAACUCAAAGCAGCUCCUGACAACAGUCCAGUGGUCAAACAGGACGAGCUCAGUAGUGCUGGUUAAUCAGAUUUCUAUACAAAACUGAUGCAAGAAAACAAUAAAUCUCCACAUAUGCAGCAAAAGAAAAACCUAAUUAAUGCAAGUUUCCAUCAUAGACUGUAUACAGAAGGAUGAUGGACUAGUCAAGUUUGGAUUUGGUCGCUGUAAUAUUGUUUUUUUGGAACAAAUAGUGACCAUAAGCUGCUUUACGUCAGUAUUCCUGUAGAUGGGAGAAUAAGCUAGUGAACGGACAUCACGCUGUGUUGGAGGACUUAAAACUAGCAUUUCAACAGGAGAAUAUUUAUUAAAGGGAUAAAUCAAAUGAGAUAUUGGCUAAUUUUCUGUAUGCUCAGACCUCCUGCUCCAACCAGGAGAGUCACCCCCUGCUGGCUGUUAGACAGAAUGCAGGUUUAAACAUCUGAACUCCAAGCAGCUUUUUCUGGGUGUUUCUCAUUUUUCUCCACUGUUGUUCAUUUUUCAGUCUGAAGUCCUGCUCCUCUCUGGAAACAGAACAACAUGAAGAAGCAGAAAGAACUCAGAGAUGUCUUCUGUGCCGUUAGAAUGAAGGAAAUCAGAAAAAAAAAGAAGAUAGAAUCAAAACGGACCUUUUCCUGGUGUUCCUAAAAGGUUUCUCAUUUAUUUUCACAGACUGAAAACUUUUUGAUGUGUUACUGUUUUUGGUAAAACAUUUGAUAUUUUGCACAAUCUGGUUGGAGUUAACAGUUAUUUUGAUUUUUUUUUUUUUUUGUAGAAAACAGUGAUUUGAUGAAAAAUCAACAUUUCAAACUUAGAUUUAAUUUUGUGUUGGAAAACUUUAGGACCAAAUUAUUCCGUUUUUAUAGUUUCUGGUUGAUAAAUGGUGUCAUUUCUGUGUUUUUUUUCAAAGAUACCACGUUUCUUCAACCUGCCAGCCCGUUUUUGGGGUUCCUUGACCGCCAAAAUAAAACGUUUUUCAGUUUACAAAUUAUAAAUCCAACAGUUUGACAGUUUGCAGCUCAUCGAUGACCUGUAAACUCAUAAACUGAUGUUUUUUCUUUCAGAGUUCCACUUUAAAAAACAGACCGAGGGUAAAACAUGUUUCUGAGAGAAUCCGCUUCAGUCCAGCUGAAAUUUAAACGGUUUAAAGGCCAUUCCACCCAUUUUAAAGGCAGGAUUCUUCAUGUGCACCUACAUGUUUGCUCCAGCUUCAUGUUGUUGUUGUUGUUGUUGUCAGACCUCUUCCUGUUGGCGUAUUUUUGUGGUUCUGUCUGGAUUAAAGUGUUGUCGACCUCCA